UCUUUCCUGCCGACAUUUCAUUUCCUGGCAUGCUGUCAAACUGCGAAGCGGAUCCGAUGCAGACAUAUGCCAGCCCUGAGCUUCCUCGCCUCUCUUCCCUUCGUGGAGAGAGUUCACUGACCACAAUGGAGACAUGUGUGUGAGGACAGCAGGGACAACAUGGACACAAGCUGGACCAUCUUGGCCUCAUGUCUCUUCCUCCAGUUACACCCGAUCAGGGGGCUCCCGAAGGGACAGGCUCACCAAGUCGAAGACGUCUACGCCUCGCCGGGCAAGGAUGUCGACCUGACGUGUCACAUUCAGAAGGAAAUCCAACUGGUCCAGGCCCAGUGGGACGUGAUCACCGACAGAGAGGCCUUGAUCGCGGUGCACCACCCCAACCUCGGCUUCUACUGUGAUGGCUUCGCCAAGAAUUCCUGCACCUCCUCCGUCACGUUUAGCCGGACUUCCGCGGGGGGAGCCGAAUGGGUUUUGCACCUGAGGAACGUGUCGUCGUCUCUGAGUGGGAAGUACAAGUGCAGCAUCACGACCUUCCCCACGGGGAUCUGGACUAUCAUCAAAAACCUCCAUGUCCAAGCCGAAGAGAUGCGAGGCAACAGAACGAUAGAUGCUGAGUUCAACCAGACCCUGGAAAUCCCCUGCCUGGACGACAAGUCGGAAAACCUUCUCGGGGCCUCGAUCCUGUGGCUGACGGAGCAGAAUGGGGCUCGGGAAGUGCCGCUGGGCCCCGACAGCCGGAUCGAGACCCAGCUCCCCCGGGACAGGCUGGGACUCAGAGAAGACCACCGGCUCGUCCUCUCGCCCGUCCAAACCCACGAUCACGAUCGCCGGUUCACCUGCCAGGCCACCCUCCGCUCUGGAAAAGUCCUGAAAAGCAUCACCACGCUCAAAGUCUGGGCUAAACCAGAAGUCUUCAUAACGCAGCAAAACACCUCCACUGGACUUUUAGGAGGGGUGGGCGCUCACUGUUGGGUGCGGAACGUGUUUCCAUCCGCAAGAGUCACGUGGUAUAUGGACGGAGAGGUUCUCGACGGCAGAAACCUCAAAGGGCUAAUCACCACCACGGAAGAGAGCAGAAGCCACGGAGGCCUGUCUGUGCUGAAGUCAACAUUGGAGCUGAGGCCCGCCCUGUCCGAAAGCCGACGGCUCUGGUGUGUGGCUCUGUUUCCCGGCCCGGGGGGUGAGGUGAGGAAUGUCUCAUCGAGACGGAUGGCGCUUUCCAUGGUUGAGUGGACUUCAUCCAUCACUAGUCCCCCAGCCGACGAGCCAGAGGCAGGACUCGAAGCCACAGACGCCACAGCCAACUGGCCUGAUUCCAGUGCUCCCACAGCCGGCCUCACUCUAUCCAGUGCCCGCACAUCUGGUGCCCCACUCUCCACCGCCUACAACCUCUGGUGCCAUGCUCUCGUUUCGGCCCCUCCAACCCUGGGACCCCUGCGCUCCCUGGUCCCCCCGGGCCCCCUCCGGCCCCCCAGCCCAACCGGUGACCUGUGUGGUCCUGCAGUUGCCAUGCUGAAACCAAGGCCUUCCUGGCCAGUGAUCGUGGCCGCGCUGCUCUUCUUCUUCUUGGCCGUGUUUGCCCUGGGGAUUCGCAAGUGGUGCCAGUACCAGCAGGAAAUCAUGGAGAGACCACCGCCCUUCAAGCCCCCCCCGCCUCCGAUCAAGUACACCUACAUCCAAGAACCAGGUGGACGCGAGCACUCUUGCCACGAAAUGGAAAACCUCUGACGGUGCCCGCCGGCCCGCCCGACAGCUCAGCCACUCCGGGAGAGUCGGACGGGCACCGACCCUGGCACGGGCCCCCAGCCCGUGGCCACCGGCGGGAGAAAACCCCUCUACCUCCCCCCAACCCGCUCUGCCAGCUCUCUCCGGGGGCACCUGCACUUCUCAGGAGAGAUUCAGAGACUCCGAUGAUCCCUCGUUGUCCAUGUGCCCCCUGGCCUGGACCCCACUCCCCUCACCAACUACACGUGCCAUCUCCUCCAGCAAGCCUUCCUGACCGAUCAACCCGUAGCCGCCUCCGGGACUGGCAUAUAUACGUAAAUGUAUAGUAAAAUUGGUCAUUCUGCAUCUUCGUUCUGAUCCUAUUGCUUGGAAAUAUUUUCUUGUGGGUCUUUCCCGCUAAGGUGGGCAGACAACGGGGCUUGUGCCGCCGUUUUACUUUUCCAAGCACUUGAUGCAGCACACUGCCUUCCGUAGGCCCUUGAGAAAUUUUGUUUAAGUUUCUGACUCACUGUGACUUUAUAGAUUAAUCCACACUUUUCUUGGUAAAGGGUUUGGAAGUGGUUUACCGUGGCCUUCUUUCAUGCGAUGAAGGCUUUAAGUCUCUGUCCAUGUCUUUGAUCAACAUUUCGAACACUUGAUCAUCUCUCCGCCUUUCCCCUGUCGCCGCCGCCCAGCAUAGGUGAAUCAACUUUGACGCUUCGGAUUCGACCGUUUCAUUACGGGUAACCCUGACUAGAAAUGAUCUCUCAGUGACAUAGCUGUAAGCUUGACUGGCAUAUGCAAAUCGCCUGCCACGAUAAAGCACUGAUUCGAACGGGAGCCUUAGGAAAUACUGACCGAUAAAUAUCGUUAUAACGAUCGAUAAAUACGUCUCGGACACCAUGGAGGCUCAGGAAGGGCAGGGUUCCAUGGGCUGAAAUGAACGGGGAUUAGACUGUAAGCCCGUCGAAGGGCAGGGACCGUCUCUAUCGGUUACCGAUCUGUACAUUCCAAGC